AUCUUCUUGUUUUGCCAAUAUGGCGACUCUUGUGUUAUGAGAUGACAACAUCGCAGUUUGUGUCCUAAUUGUCAUGUAAUAUCUAUAUUAAUAUUAAUUAACUACCUCAUGAGUUCAAAGAGAAUAAAAAAAAUAUAAUGAAUAUCUAAUUAUUGUGUCUAGUGCGUCAUAGGCUCAAAUCAUAUCUUGUGUGCGUCUUUGGGAAAGUACUUGGCUCCCGUAAAAAUGGCGGGUGUGUUAUCUUUCUGGGUUGUGUUUUCGUUCCAAUCAAAGAAAGUCUGAGCAUCUUAUAAAAGUGUUUAUUAAAGAAAGUAAAGUUGUAAGUAAACGUGGUUAACGUAUACAUCAACGGUAUGACUUAUAUGCUAAUUUGACAUUUGAAGAGGUGAUUGAUCUGGCUGGACGGUGCAGGUGUCAUCGUUUUUAAUGAAAUUAUCAGCAUGUCGCGCUGGGGCAGAGGCCGAGCCGGCAGCGUGGCCGUGCCGCUGGAUAGUGCCCUUUUUAGAGAAAACAGUAAUUGUCCAUCUGCAGCUCGUUCGGCGGGCACCGUUGGUAAAUGGGGUAUUACAAGUUUUACGUCGAUCAGGAGUGCGCCUUACGCUUAUGCCAAUAAUGUUAUUAAGAAACCAGUACAAGACCAAAAUAGUCCACUGACAGUACCUGCAGUUGAAACUGAGCAGCCACCUCCAAAACCUAAGAAGUUUUUCAAAUCUCGAAAUGCUGAGCCAUUUCCACCAGUUCCACAAAUCACUUAUGCCCCUCCUGUGCCAGCUGCCCCACUUUCACCCGAACAUCCAUCAAAUAGUAAAGAAAAGAAAACAAAUAAGAGAAGCAGAGUUUAUAAUAGAGAUUCAUCAUCACCUGAAUUGCCAAGGCGUAAUUCUGAGAAGGGAAAAGCUAAGAAAAAUUCAGUGGCCACCAAGGCCUCCCGAAAAGAGGAAGUUCCAGCACAGAAUACUCAGCCACCUAAUAAACGGUAUUUGGUCCGCAAUCGUAAUAAGGUGAUCAAUUAUGCAGAAGAUGGUAGUAACAGUCCUAUUCCAGACUUUAGUCAUGAUUAUGAACCACCGCCACCACCUAGAGUACCUUCCCCAAAGAUUCCAUCCCCUAAAUCAAGUCCAUUAGUCUCAAGUCCUACUCCUAUGAAGAUAGACAUGGCAAGUCCAUCAACUAGUAAAGACAGCACAGAAGAAAGGAAGCCACCACCAAUAGUUCUACGAAUAUCUAAAGGUACAUCUAGAAUUGUGAGUACUGAUUCAAAUGAAGGUUUUACUUCACCCGGCUCUGAUAGACAUUCAUCUAUGGAUACACAUUCUGAUUUUGGCUCUGAUCAUAAAAAGAGCCCAUCAGUGGAAGCAAUAUGUUCUCCUAAACAUGAGGGUCUUAAAAUCACCAUAAAAUGUGCAGGUCUAAAUCAAGAAAUUAAAAAAGAGAGAAAAAAGGAUAAGAAAGAUCAUAAAUCACAUAAACGUCACCAUAAAUAUACAGAUGAAGAGCCUGUGAAACCACCUAACUCUCCUCUACCAGGGUCGGAUAACUAUGAUCUUUAUAAAACCUUAGCAUCACCAGGACAUGACAUUGAAAAAGAAUCACGACAUAAGGUAGUAGCUGAUGAUAUUGAAUCUCAGUUAGCCAAGUUGGACUCAACUGGUUCUAAAUCAAAAUCACCAAGGUUAGAAGUUCAACCUAAGGAACUUCCACCAGAACCUAAGCCACCUGAACUUACUUCUGGAAGAGCCAGAAGAAACAGGCCUAAUAUAAAUUAUAGUGAAAAUGAUGAUUAUUUGGAUGCAUUAACAUCAAAUUAUUCCAACAGACAUGGAACAAAAACAGUAAGUGAUGUAAAAAAAGAAGGCAGGAAAGUAAAGAAAAAACAUGAAGCUGUGGUGGAUGGUCCAAUAAUUACAUCACCAAAAUUGAAUGAAGGAAUUGAUCAAGAAUCUGAUAGUCACAAGAGUAAUUUAAUAGAAAUACUUUCAGGUGAAGGGGACAGUAGUAGAGCACAGCCAGGAAAUGAUACUCACAAAAUUAAAAGUAAUAAAAAGCAGAAGCAAAAACAAUUAAAGCAUUCGAGUCCUGAUUAUAAUUCAGACAUCCAAGAAAAUACUCAGGAUGACUUUGAACAAAAUGAACCAGAAGUACCUCAUGAAGAAGAAAAUGCAGAAAGUUUUGCACAGAUAAGUAAUACAGAAAUGGAAUGUCAACUUAAUUCACAACCAAUACAGUCAUCUGAUUCCGCCUAUAAUAGUUGUCCUAAUGAAAAUUCGGAAGAAGAAUCACAAAAAAAUCAACCUGACGAUGUCUUUAAAUCUCCUCAAAGAAUGUCUGAGACAGAGGAACACAAUGAAGACAAACCAAGUGUAAAAUUAGUAAUAACAAAAAAGAAAGGUUCAAUAUUCAAAAGUAAAUCUUUGAUGAAUGAUAACCCAUCUCCAUUGCCAGCAAGGAAAAGGCGUCACUUAUACAGACAUGAGUGGGCAAAUGAUAAAGGAAAUGAGACUCCAAGGCCUGAACCACCAGAGAACCCAGAGGUCAGAAAUCCUGUAAAUAAAGUACCUGAGGAACUGACAAGGGUAACACGGUAUAAGCCUCCUGAUCCGAUAGUGGACAGUAUUGAUUCUACUGAAGCAGUAAAGCCUUAUACCAGUGUCAGAUGUGCGAAAGAAGCUAAAGAGUACUACACUGUUGUCAGGAAUGUGAAAAAAGCGCAUCAAAUACAAGAAAUUGGUGAAUUCCAAGAGUUGAAUGAUGAUGUGGAAUAUAUUUUGGAUGCAUUGCAGGACAACAAUCCAAUGUCGACGCGGUGCUUGUCUGCAAUAACGCUGGCUAGCAAAUGUACUGCACCCGCCUUUAGAAUGCACCUCCGAGCACAUGGUAUUGUGCAGAAGUUCUUCCGCGCCUUACAUGAUGCCACUAAUGACCAGAGCUUGGGCCUGUGCACAGCAACUGUAAUGUUUGUGUUGUCGCAAGAUCGUCUUAACAUGGAUGUGGACCGAGAUUCACUUGAACUCAUGUUGAAUUUACUUGAAUCUGAUGUUUCACACAAGAAUGCACUGGAUGAUUGUGGCCUGACAUCAGCUCAGCUGGCAAAAACACAAGAAAGGGUUCGAGAAUUAUGUGCUGAAAUUAAGAGUCAAGGAAAAGCACAGCAUCUAGAUUUAGAUAAUAUUACUGUUGGCCACCUAGCGAUGGAGACAUUACUGUCACUUACGUCCAAACGCGCGGGCGAGUGGUUCAAGGAGGAGUUGCGUGUACUGGGCGGCAUCGAGCACAUAGUACGCACCAUCCAAGAGUGCGCGGCUAGGUUGCCUGCAGCGCCCGCCGCCGCCGCCGACUGGCAGCCGCAGCACAUACACGAGCUGCGCAAGGCCGACCGCUGCAUGCGCGUGCUCGAGAACGUGACACAGCAGAAUGAAGACAACCAAUUGUAUCUGCUAAACUCGCAAUUGGGUGCGGCAAAGACCCUGGCGGCGCUGCUGAGACGCUUCUCAAUGGAGGCGCGUUCGGAACCUCAACUACGGCAACCGCUGCUCGACGCUUUGUUACCCGCCAUCAAAGUGCUUGUCAACUUGUCCCACUCAUUCGGAAACAAUAUCUCCCCUGGAGCUCAAGUUGUAGCUGAGCAACCAUCAGUAAUGGAAAUGUGCCUGAUCAUAUUGAAUAAUCAAGGAAAUUUCAUACCUGAUGACAGAAAUUUCGACUUCAGUGUUUGUGUAUUGCUACUCCUAAUCAACCUAGUACAAAACAACGAAGCUGUAACUCUACAGUUGUUGAACGUUCGCAUACGGGUGGACAACGAAGAUGAUAUUAUAUCGCGGAGUAUAUCCGCACUCGAUCUCAUCGUUGAUCUCUUCUACAAGCGGGAGGAUCUAGCCAGACGAGCCGAAGAAAACACUGACGCGUUAUUAGAUGGCGAAAAGGACAACGAAGUUGACAACAAGAAGAAGCAAUCUCAGGACGACAUUGAGGAAACUGUUGCUAAAUUGCUGGCGCGCGCGGGCACGCACAUGGAGCACACGAUGGUGGGCGCGUACAUCGCGCUGCUGCUCGGGCACGCGGCCGGCGCCGCGCCCGCCGCCGCCGCCGCGCUGCGCCGCCGCCUGCCCGCCUACGCGCCGCUGCUGCCCACGCUCAACAAGUACUACACCUUCCUCGCGCUCACCGCCAGCGCCGAAGCUGGAAUCGUAGCUCACGUUAAAGCUACGAAACGCAUCAUAGAUUUUAUGGAGACGAGUGACAAGGAGAACUCUGAGGAAGGGCCGUCUCAACCCCCAGCCGCACCGUACACAGCCAACAGUUAUCCGAGUAAUUACUAUCAGACGUCGCCUUCCGACGUUCCUCAGGACAUGUCCCUUAGUAACCUUAACUAUAGUAUGAACUACAGUACCUCAAGCUCGGACAGAAUGUCGUCGUCUAUGGAAGUUGACGGUUACCAUUGAAACUCGAAUAAACAUUUUGCAGAACUUAAUAUUACAGAUGAAGAUGUUUUGUUAAUCAUAGUGAAAUUUAAUUGACAAUGUAACAUGCAGUGUGUUCUUUUUUUAUGUUAUCGGUUUUAAAUUAUGACUACCAUUCAUUGAUUACUUAUAUCAUAUCAAUAUUGAAAUAGCGAAUUCUAUAAAACAUUGAUAUUAAAUGAAAAUUUAAAGGUAUAAGUUGUAACAAUUUAAUUUAUUUUCCAUGUGUUAAAUAAAAACAGUUUUAACUGCUUUAAUAAUUUAGUCAGUUGACUUAAAAUUUAGUAGUUAUUGUCUGAACAACAACAUUUUAAUUAAGUACCUAUUUUUUUUUAUUAAAUACCUUUCCGUACGACUAAAUUACUAAAUUAGUUCAAACUAUGCUUCAGAGGUGAAUCUAAUAACAUAUACCUGACAGAGUAAUGGAGAUCAGUCAUUUUAUUGUAAAAGACUUGUAAAUAAAAAUUAAAUCACUAAUAUAAACCUUGUAUAUUGUGAAUCCUGUAGUAAUACCGUACAUGCCAUUUUGUAAUAGUUAACGACCAUACGAUAUGUACAUGGUGGAUGUAUGACUGCACACAGUUAUUAGGAACCUCUCUUUGUAUUAAUAUCUCUUCCUUCUCUAAAAUAUAAAUGUAAAUAUAUAUAUUAAAUAGACUGUUAAUUAAUAGUUGCGUAAAGGAAAUGGGUUAUGAAUUCUUGAUUAAAUUGAGAUAUUCCGAGUUUAAGCCACAGAACUGGCAAUAUAAAAGUGCAAAAAUAGUUGUGUAAGUGUAUAAUAGAUAUUGUAUUCUUUUAUGUGAAUAUUGUGUCUGCACUUUUUGUAUUAUACCGCUCCGAGAGGAUUACAAAUUAUUAGAAUAUCGUUCCCAUGAGGCACAACCAUUUAUUGUAAAUACAUUUUAGCUAGUAACAAUAUAGUUCAGUCUUUGUUGGGUAAAUUAGAGAAACUAGACUCGGUUUAUUUUGUUCGAUCGUAUGGGGUCGUGCGUGCGACGCGCUCUGGCCUGUUGGCUAUGCACUAGCGUAUAGUACUGUUGCUGAAUUUAUUUGUACAAGGAUAGUGAACGCCGCCCUGUUACGAGGCGAUGCAAAAUGUACAAACACUAACGUCGUUAGUUGCUCGCAAACGAGAGAAUGAUAUAUGAUUAGUUAUAAAUAAAUAGGGCAAUCUAUGAUGUUGGAGUUUUAACCAAUAGUUAUAGGGACUAGACAGCGAAAGAAUGAUAAUUAUUUCCUUUCAAUUCGAUUUCGAGACUUCUGUUCGCAACCUGACUGAUUGUCUGUUAGAUCGGUGUCGUGUCUAGGUUCAUUAAAAUUAAAAGAUCUUAAGGCACACAAACUACUUAAUCUUGAAUAAGAUUGGCACUUUAGAUGUGUUUUAGGUCAAUGGGGGAUUAUUAAGUUUAUAUAUUUAUAUAUAAUUUUAAUUAAAUCUUAAAGAGAUAAAAUGUUUUAUAAUAAUGUUUUUAUAAUUGAGUAACUUCUCCAUUCCUGAAAGAGAUUUUCAAAUAUAAUUUCGUGUGAAGUAGAAUGGACCGCUGACUAUACCUUAUGAAUUGAUUCUAUGGAUUGGACACUGCGUUUGAAGAACACAUGUCAGAUUCUUUAGAAUGUUAGAUUAUAAUCGAUUAAGCAAUAUCAACAAAUGUAAAUUUAAAUUUCUUUUUCUAAAUUAGAAUAAUGAACCUAAUGAUAUUUCAUAUUUUCAUACGAAAUUAGUAGCGAUUCUCUCUGUGGGAUUUGAUAUGGCGAUUUUGUAACGCCAUUUCACCACGCGAGUAGAUGUAACGGCAGAUAAAAUAGGGUAUAAAAAGACCUAGGAUUAUUAUGACAAUUUGGCAUAUUUCCCGCUACAGUGUAAUUUUACCGAUGAGUGUAAAAAACAAAUAUAUUUUCACAGCUUUACUUAUUUUAUAAGAUUAUGUGGGAUUAGUGAACCAUUGUAGUUUUUUAUUUGUGAAAUUUAUCAAACAAAAUCUAUAACAUGGAAGGUACUCUAUCGAGUUAAAGGAUUUCCUUCGUAUUCGUUGUACAGCUAUUGAUUCAUAUUGCCUAAAUUAUAAUUACGUAAUUUAUUGACAUAUGUUGUAUUAACUACGAGUAGUUCUAAAAUGCAUUUCGUUAUAAAAUUUUACCGUUUUAUCACACUUGUGUUUUUUAAUAUUAUAUGUUGUUUUAGACUAUCGCGAGAGUUUGAUAUCUUGAGAAAUUAUUAUUGUACAUGUAUGAUGUAAUUAUGUUAUAAAGUAUUACGUGUAAUUAUUAAAAGAAGACAAUUUAAAUA